UUGCAUGAUUCCCGGUCCAUCUCCCGAAAGCAACCGGGCAGGUCUCUCUGCCUCCGCACUCAUCGCACAGGCCAGCAGAGCCACAGAGAGAGAGAGAGAGAGAGAGACGAUAUUAUUUGAUGGCAAAAUCUGCGAAAAAAUAGAGACAAAAAUAAGAAUCAGGGAGAAGCAGAGAGCGGGCAAUGCUGAGGAAAUCGAGUGGCUGCGAAACAAAGUCGCUGAGAGUAUAUGGGGAGUGGUGGCACGCUGGUGGACGGGGUUCGUCGCUGGUUUCAACGCCGCACUAGUACUAAUACUAAUACUCGUACUCUUAUUAAUAAUAAUAAUUCUAUCAAUUCCAAUAAUAAUCCUAAUCGGGGACAAAGUAAAAGUACCCAUAUCAAUGAUACUUGUGACCGCGUCGCAUCUGUGAGCGAGCUUCGCGCCCAGUCGUCAAGAAUUCGUAAGCGUGAUAAGAAGCUAAAACAAGAAGAGGGAGAGUUCGAUAUCGCUGUCUUGAAGCUCGUUAAGGUUCCCAAACGGACCACCAUGGAUUCCCAAAAGAAGGGUGGGUUAGAAACAGAAUUCUUCACAGAGUAUGGAGAGGCUAGCCGAUACCAAAUUCAAGAAGUCGUCGGGAAAGGAAGUUAUGGUGUUGUUGGCUCUGCAAUUGACACUCAUACAGGAGAAAGGGUUGCAAUCAAGAAAAUUAAUGAUGUUUUUGAACAUGUUUCUGAUGCCACAAGGAUUCUGAGAGAAAUUAAGCUCCUUCGGUUGCUUCGUCAUCCGGAUAUUGUGGAAAUAAAGCAUAUUAUGCUUCCUCCUUCACGGCGGGAAUUUAGAGAUAUUUAUGUUGUUUUUGAGUUAAUGGAAUCUGAUCUUCACCAAGUAAUUAAGGCAAAUGAUGACCUUACUCCUGAGCAUUAUCAGUUUUUCUUGUACCAGCUUCUUCGUGGUCUGAAGUAUAUACAUACAGCAAAUGUAUUUCAUAGAGAUUUAAAGCCAAAAAACAUUCUUGCUAAUGCUGACUGCAAAUUAAAGAUAUGUGAUUUUGGGCUUGCUCGUGUAUCUUUCAAUGAUGCCCCAUCAGCAAUUUUCUGGACUGAUUAUGUUGCGACUCGAUGGUAUCGUGCUCCUGAACUUUGUGGCUCUUUUUUCUCAAAAUACACCCCUGCAAUUGAUAUUUGGAGCAUAGGAUGCAUAUUUGCAGAAAUGCUUACAGGAAAACCACUGUUUCCUGGAAAAAAUGUGGUGCACCAAUUAGAUCUCAUGACUGAUUUGCUUGGGACGCCUGCUGCUGAAUCUACUGCAAGGAUUCGGAAUGAAAAGGCAAGAAGGUAUCUUCUUAGCAUGCGGAGAAAACAACCAGUUUCUUUUCCACAAAAGUUCCCUAAUGCAGAUCCGUUGGCUCUACACUUACUAGAACGCUUACUUGCAUUUGAUCCUAAAGAUCGUCCUACAGCUGAAGAGGCAUUGGCUGAUCCUUACUUUAAUGGUUUGGCUAAUGUGGAUCGCGAACCAUCCACUCAACCUAUAUCAAAACUCGAGUUUGAGUUUGAGAGGAGGAAAUUGACAAAAGAUGAUGUUAGAGAGUUAAUCUAUAGAGAGAUUUUAGAGUAUCAUCCCCAGAUGCUGCAGGAGUAUCUUCGAGGUGGAGAUCAGACUAGCUUUAUGUACCCAAGUGGUGUAGAUCGAUUCAAACGACAGUUUGCACAUCUUGAGGAGCAUUAUGGUAAAGGUGAAAGAAGCACUCCACUACAACGGCAGCAUGUUUCCUUACCCAGAGAGCGGGUUUGUGCACCCAAGGAUGAGAUUGCUGAUGAAAAAACUGAAUUUGAAAGGCGAACUGCAACUUCUGUUGCUACGGGUCUUGAGAGUCCUCCGAGGUCACAGCAAUCUGAUAAUUUGGAAAAUGGUAAUUCAGAUUCACAAAAUGGACCUAGCAAGCCAAACUACAGUGCUCGUAGUCUGUUAAAGAGUGCUAGUAUUAGUGCUUCCAAGUGUGUGGUGGUGAAACCAAGGAAAGAUUCAGAGCAGGAGGAGCCAAUUGCUGAGGUCAACGAUGAGGCAAUCGAGGGCUUGUCGCAAAAGGUUGCAGCCUUAAAUGCCUGAUUCAUACUUCUGAUCUAUUUUGGAAAGAGAUUUCAGAAGGUGAAGAUCCUCACGUUAUUUCUGUUAGAAGCUAACACUAGGAUUGCAUCAUAUUGUGUUGCUACAGUGUAGGAAGAGAUGCUCUCUUUUAAUUGAAGAAACCACAAAAAUGUAUUUUGUUCCACUAUGUACUGUGACACAAUAGGGAGAAUAGGUUUUGGUACACGAAGGACAAGGAAUUUGUAUUUUGUUUCUAUUUCAGUUACAUAAAUAACCACUUCAUUUUGGUUGGUGAUAAUGGUAA